CUUCAAGACCUGAAAUGAGCAUCAAUCGUGUGAAUGAGCACGUUAUGUGUGCGUAUGUGUUAAUGGGUUGAGUGGGGUUAUGGUUUUGCGAUUACUGCUUUUGACUCGUCAGUUACUCCAUUCCUGAAACGCCUGACACAUUCUACGGAAAUUCCCUUCUACCGUUGUACACCUCUCAAAAAUCCCCACGCUGUUAAAUCCAAAAUGAGAGUCUCUGCAGUCAGCUGUACAGAACGCGUUUGCACUUUUAGUGAUACAGUUGGAAGCGCAACCGUGCGCCAGUGUUAUAUUAAACAGAUCUUCAUCAACAAAUAGAAAAAAAACGAGGGAGGGGGAAACAGUGUGUUUUACAAACAUUCCGGCAAAAUGCACGUAACCAUUCGCAUGUGUAGUAGACAAGUUGGUGGAACAUUUGGAAUACUGUGUUUGGGAUAUCUGCUAAUAAUCACACAAAUGAUUGUAGCUACUGCUUCAUCUGAAGGAAAAACGGCCGCGGACACACCUGAUGCACCAUAUGAAACACAAACUGCCCAAUGUACGAUCACUUCUGGGGAUAUUGAAGCUAGUGCACAAGCUUCAAUAAGCAAAACACUUGUAGGGGUGUGUGGAACAGACGAGAUGCUGCAAGCAUUUCGAAUGCUUGAGCUUAAAAUGCUGGAAGAGAUGUAUAAUCUUCGCAAGAUGAUACGCGAUCCCUAUUUUAACCCCCCACGGCUGCGACCGUCCAUUUACAAAUCAAUAAGAAAAACGGCAACGUCAUCUAAUACAUCGUCCAACACAACAUUACCCCAGUCUAAUGCGGAAAGAUCUGAAGGAUCACGACUUACCGUCACAGACUCCAACAAAAAGUCUGAGCCUACGAUACUGGCAACAACAACCCCUUCUUCGAAAGUUGUCUUUCCUGAUGACUACGACGACGAGGACGAAGAGGACAGCCAUGAGUUUUCCAACAAUGGCCCCUUGAAGGAAAAUAGUGAACUUGUAAAGAAACUAUCGUCCACCGGGUUGAACAACACUUUUUCAGCGUCUCGCAUUUCACUCGAUGAUAGAAUGUCUUCGCCAGCAGCUCCACCGAUCGAUUUUAAACCCAUCGACAAGCCCAUUGAACAGAAGUUCCUAACCGGAGGAUUGCGAGAUUACGAGGUGUACCGGUUCAACAAUACCGUGAUAUCUUCUGGCGACGCAAAGGUAUUCAAAUAUUUCUGGAAAAUAGAACACUUUAUGCAGCGAGUUCGUUCUGCCUCGAACAUGGUAGGAGCCUCCUUCUUCAGUCCGGUGUUUGUGAUUUCUGGUUUAAAUCUUCGACUUCAUGCUAAAAUUGCAACGAAAUCCAUUGGCGAAAUAUUGAAUGUACAACUGGAGCAGCUAUCAGCAUCGGAUGAGGCAUUGCGGAAAACUCCGAACGUUAUUCUAGCUUCUGGCGUGCUCUAUGGACAAAUGGAAACAAACAAGUUUUUCCGUCAUAAGAUAAUGAUCCUUAAUCAGGAUAAACCAUUUAGCGAUUUGAUUUCAACCGAUCUUACCAAUACUAAUGUGAAUUUUGAAGCUCCGCUAACAGCGUUAACGGCUGAACCUUACCUUAAAGAAGACAAGUUGCUAGUAAAGGUUAUAAUUUUUCUGUAGGCGAAUUUAUG